GUUGCAAACGGCUUGAGUUGACCUUGACUCUGUAGACUUGUCACAUUUGGAUUCACUUUGAAUACUACAUAUUCAUAAAUGCAGAGAGAUGCACUGCGGAUUACUCUCCUUGGCGCUGGCCAAGAGGUCGGGAGAUCCUGCUGUGUGCUCAGACACAGAGGCAAGACAGUCGUGUGCGACGUAGGUAUUCAUCCAGCCCACCAGGGCAUCGCAUCGCUCCCAUUCAUCGAUGAACUCGACUGGAGUACAGUUGAUGCAAUUCUUGUAACACAUUUCCACCUCGAUCAUGCAGGCGCCCUGACAUAUAUCACUGAGAAGACCAACUUCAGGGAGGGAAAGGGAAAGGUCUAUAUGACUCACCCCACAAAGACUUUGCACAAGUUCAUGAUGCAAGAUUAUCUUCGCACCAGUACUUCGACAGACGCUUUAUUCACGCCCCGGGAUGUCUCCGUAUCCCUUGAAUCCAUCAUUCCUGUCUCCGUACAUGAGCGCGUCUCGCCCUGCGAGGGAGUCUCUUUCAUACCCUAUCACGCGGGCCAUGUAUUAGGUGCCUGCAUGUUCUUGAUCGACAUCGUCGGACUCAAGAUUCUGUAUACGGGAGAUUAUUCCCGUGCGGAGGACCGCCAUCUCGUCAGGGCAGAAGUUCCACCCAUCCGACCUGACGUCCUGAUCGUAGAAAGUACCUUCGGUGUCCAAACUCUUGAACAUGGGCAGGACAAAGAACACCGGUUGACGGACCUCGUUCGCACGAUCGUUAGUCGCGGCGGUCACGCACUAUUACCUGUUUUCGCGCUCGGCACGGCCCAGGAACUGUUGCUCGUUCUUGAUGAGUACUGGUCCGACCACCCGGAGUUGCACGACGUGCCUGUUUAUUACGCCUCAAGUUUGGCUAGGAAAUGUAUGGCAGUUUACCAAACGCAUAUCCACGCCAUGAACGAGAACAUCCGCUCGAGGUUUGCAAGACGGGACAAUCCUUUCGUGUUCAAGCACGUCACGAGCAUUUCAAGAGAACGGGGAUGGGAGCGCAAAUUAGUUGAGGGUCCCCCGUGCGUUGUCCUUGCAACUCCAGGUUUCGUGCACGUUGGUGCAAGCCGAGAGUUACUUGAACUGUGGGCACCUGAUCCUCGCAACGGUAUUAUCAUCACGGGUUUUUCUGUAGAGGGUACGAUGGCUAGGGACAUUCAAACCGAGCCUGAGCAAAUCGUCUCGCUCAAGGGGACACCUAUACCGUGCAAGCUCUCUGUCGACUACGUACCCUUCAGCGCCCAUGUUGACUAUACUCAAAAUGCAGAGUUCAUUGAACUUGUCGAUCCCGAUCACAUUGUAUUAGUGCACGGAGAAAAGAAUGUCAUGGAUCGUCUAUGCGCUGCUAUGAAAGCUCGAUACAAGAAUAAAGGGAAGGACAUUAACAUCCAUACACCUCAGAACCUCGUGGAGCUUCAGUUGUCGUUUUCCCAAAAACAUGUGGCAAAGGCGGUCGGAACCUUGGCAGCUCAGCACCCACUGGAGGGUGACAUCAUCUCCGGAUUGCUCGUUUCUAGGAACAACACGCACAUGCUCCUUGAUGCGCAGGACCUCCGUCCGUUCACCGGACUUUCGACGUGCACUGUGAAACAGCGGCAGACACUCGCGGUAUCUGCCAGCUGGGACUUGGUAGGGUGGCAUCUUGGGGGCAUGUUCGGGACUGUUUCAGAAAGAAUAGAUCAAGACGGUCGGCUUACCCUGCGGAUUAUGGACGUGGUCGACGUUAAGCAUGCUUCCGAGAACGAGAUGACCAUUGAAUGGGAAUCAAGUGCAAGCAAUGACAUGGUAGCGGAUUCGGCGAUGGCACUAGUUGCUGGUGUCGAUCGAAGCCCCGCAUCUCUCCAGCUGACUGCCCUGUCAACACGCUGCACCCAUCCUCACGCAAAGACGCCUAAUAAUUGGAUGAGACACGUUUUCUGGUUCCUCGAAGCUCAUUUUGGGCAAGUGACAUUAGAUGUAGGUACCGACGCAGAGCAGAACGCAAGCCCCAACUUCACUAUUCGUUGUGAUGAGGCUACCGUUUAUGUUGACGCCAACCGGGUGGCUGUUGUCUCUGUCGAUGAAAUGCUGAAGAGUCGCAUCGAGGCAGUAAUUAACAUGGCCAUUUCAACUACAGGUUCACUCGCAGACCUGUUUUCUACUGGCGUUCCUAUGCCUGCCCUCUAGAUAUUCGCUACACUACACUUACCAGAAUAAGGCCGCUUUGCAUGGCAGGCACCUUGUUUACCGCGCUCAAUACUCACCCCCACGACACCUUAUAACGUACGGCUUCGUAGGUAGAAGUUCGGACAGGUAGUGGCGCAUCAUG